UAUGCACCAGCCAGCCCUUUCUUCAGCGAGCCCGCCAUCGUUGUGUCUCCUACUUACAGUCAACUUUUGUCCGCCCGCUCGCCUUUCGCUUUCCUUCACCAGUCGCUCGUUUUUGGCAGGGAACGAGGCCUCGGACACGCUUGCGUAAUCUACGACGCCGUUUGUUGACACGCCAACACGUUCUCGUCGCACUACCGGCUCCACACGACGAUUCCGCCCGCAUCCUUCAGCCGUCUCACGGCCCCUCGACUCGACCUCCUGCAGUGAAUUGGGAAUCUGGGCAGGACAAUAAUGAGGCCUUCACAGCUGCUCGCCGGCCUCCUGGCCCUGACUUCGGCCACGGCUGCCAUGCCCGACGCCUUCGCCAACAUGCACGGCCUGGGGGACGUCAUCAACAUUUUUGCCCGCCAGGACAACUCGGCCUCGGCCUCAGAGCAGCAGUCAAGCAACCAGCCCUCACGGACGACGGCCGCCGAGUCCAGCAAAGCCAGCGCCACCAACACCGACAGCAGCAACAGCGCCUCUGUCUCAGACAAGGCCAGCGCGAGCGGCUCGCAGAAGGCCUCGGGCAGCAAGACGUCAAGCAAGUCCAAGGUCACCAGCUACGACAAUCGCCUGCCCGCGGGCGGCAUCUCCAUGGUGACACCUGGCGCCCUCGCCGGUUCGCAGUUCUACAAGGUCGGCGACUACGUGACCUUUGCCUGGAACUACACGUCGCUGUCCUCAACCCCGUCCGCCAUCGACAUCCUGGCCAGCUGCACCGCCAACCAGGCCACAUAUACCAUCGCCGUGAACCAGUCGUCAGAGCAGACAUCAGUUGUGUGGGACACGAAGAACACCCCGUCCGGACAGGUGCCCUUCCUGACCGAGAAGUACACGCUCAUCAUCUACGAUGCCGAGUCCAGCGUCAGCGCUGCCGCCAAGGCCGGCUACCUGGCUGUCUUCAACUCUUUCCAGUUUGGCAUGUACACACCGCAGCCCUACGUCCCGUUUUCUGAAUUCAACUGCGCAAACUGCAACGGCGCACUCUCGCACUUCGAGAAGAUGACCCUCCAAGCCCUGCUGCUCACCACCGGCACAACAAUCGGCUCGCUGGCCUACUUCACAUACACAUUUGGCCUGUGGUAACCCAAGACCACCACGGUCUGCACGCAUACGGACGACAUCUCGUCCACGAUAACGGCAUUCCUUACGCUUCACACCUGUCCAUAUUUCACUCAUCUCAAAUCGAAUCUGAAUCACAAAAAGGUCCGGGCUGGCGCUGCGGGUUCGGCAGCGUUCAGCGGGGAGCAAUCCACAAUCAUUUGGCGUCAUCUAAGGUUGAGUCUGGAGUUUACGGAGCACAUUCGUCACAUCUUUGUAAAGGGCAACACCGCAUAUCUAGGACUUGGACAAAUACGCAUCUUAAUACAAAGAGGAGUGCGCUGGCUAGCAGUACGGGAUGUAAUUUUCACGCUGUUGGUCUAUAAUGAUGAGAUCUAGCUAUCAGGAAUUUGAGCGAUUGAGAGAGUACAAACACACCAAUAUCGAUUGCCUGUCCGCGUG